CAAUUCAUGAUUAGCUACGUCAGCUGCAAUGUUGAUGCGUGGUGGAUUUUGCUUACAUUUUCAGUAGUGUAUUGUUAAAGACAUGUUUUUAUGGAUAUUUUGUAUAUAAAUAAGUGAUUUAUUAAAUAUAUCAACAAUGGCUUCUUUGCCGGGUAAUGGAAUCUAUGUGGUUCAGGGAGAAAUGGCCAUUUUGCUGACAGCUAUGAAAAGAGGAGCAAGAUGGUCUCAAUUACAUCAGGACGAAGAAAAUGACAUCCUUGUGAGGAAUUUCUCUGACUUGAAAGAGGUUUUGAACCAAAUAGGUGAUCUUCGAGAACUUGAACCUAUUCAUUUCCUUGGCCCUUUUCUUGAAGUAAUCAGAUCAGAGGAGACAACCGGACCUGUCACUACUUUGGCUCUAACUUCAAUAAUUAAGUUCAUCUCUUAUGGAUUGAUUGAUCCAGGGGGAAAGUCAGUUGCCACCGCGGUUGAAAGCAUUGCUGAUGUGGUCACGCAUGCGCGAUUCGUUGGAACCGACGAUGCCAGUGAUGGUGUUGUUCUCAUGAACAUUCUUCAGGUCUUACGCACGCUUGUGAUGGCACCGGAAGGCACCUUACUAUCCAAUGACAUGAUUUGUGAGAUUGUUCUAAGCUGUCUUAGGAUCUGCUUUGAGCCAAGAUUUGGAGAACUUUUGAGAAAAGGUGCAGAGAGCUGUUUGAAGGACAUAUUCAUGCUGCUCUUCAUUCGCCUGCCGACGUUCUCUGAAGACCACAGAAAAUCAUUGAGUCUAAAGAAGUUGAACAUGAGAGCUGGAACAAUAGAAGCGACAAGGAGCAAGCGCAAACCGCGCUCUUCACUAAGGAAGAAGCAGCAGCAGCAGCGAAUAAUUUCGCCACAACAAGAAGAUAGACCAGCUGAUUCUCUUGGCCAAGGAUCUGUGGCUUCUGAUGACAGCCAUGCCUUUGUAGAAAAAGCAGUAAAGCCUACGGAGCUGAAUCUGCCAGCUGUAAACUCAUCUCCAUUGGUUGGUGCUGCUGAUACACAAACUGGAAGUGCUGUUACAAAUUCAGAAAUGACAUCUUCUUGUGAUGAACAUAAUAUUGUUGAUGCCCAAAAAGAAACUGCUCUUACGGAUUCUGCAGUAUCUGUGGAAGAUGGUGAAAAUGAAGGGAGUCUAGCUGACAAUUUGGUGACUUCUCCUACAGAUCAUGGCAUGUCAAAUGCUGCAUCAUCCGAUGUCAUCUCAAAUUCGCUCUCGCAAGAAUCAAGUGCUGUGAUUCUCACAAUGGAUGCAUCUUCGCACAGUCUCAACACUCAAACAACACCGUCUUUUGAAAAUGUUUGCAUGCCGGAAGAAGAAACAGAAUGUAGCGUUGUUGAAGAUGGUGUUGCCGAUGAUACUGAUGUGGCCGACUCCUCUGCUGUUGGUCAGGGUUUUACCACAGAAGACAAAAUUGACGUAAAAGUAGAUGAAACCACACCUCUGAUAGAAUCAAGUUCAGUACAGAAGGAAAAUGCCAGUGCUGCAUUAGAAGAACAGACAGAGUCUGUUGUGAAAGUCGAGGCUGUUGAACAGUCCAAUUGUGAAAUGUCUGCUAAUGUGGUUGAGGAUUCGAAAGGAGAGACGGUCAGAGGUAUUCCCAGUCCAUUGAAUGUUGGCGACACUGGCAAGCAAAUUCUGCCGCUGCAGCACUCUUUGGACCUCGAAUCUCCCACAUCUCCGAGUCCAGAAUCGCACGAAUGGUUCAAUACACAAGGUGUCCGAUUUAUGCCUCAGGACCCUGCCGCUGAAGGUGGUGGUCAUGUACCGUAUGGUUUAGCAAGUGUGAGAGAACUGUUCAGACUGAUUGUAUCUCUGUGCAGUCCUAGCAACAAAGAGAACACAGAAGGCAUCAUCCAUCUUGGGCUGACACUGUUGAAUGUGGCUCUGCAGGUUGGAGCUGAUAGUAUUGGCCAGUUCGCAUCAAUAUUGCCAAUCGUGCGCGACGAUCUAUGCAGGAAUCUAUUCUCUUUAUUGAAGAGUGAACGACUAUCAAUUUUCUCAUCUACGUUACAAGUGGCAUUCCUUCUUUUUGAAUCCCUUCGUACUCAUCUAAAGUUCCAGCUUGAGGUAUUUCUGUCAUCAUUGACUGAAAUUAUUAUUUCUGACUCACCAAAGAUCAACUACGAGCUCAAAGAAAUCACUCUUGAGGCAGUUGUGCAAAUGUGGAGAAUCCCUGGUUUUGUAACAGAGCUGUAUCUGAAUUAUGAUUGUGACUUAUACUGUCCUAAUCUUUAUGAAGAACUAACAAAACUUCUAUCAAAGAAUGCAUUUCCUGUUUCCGGAGUCUACAACACUCAUCUCCUAUCAUUAGAUGCCUUACUGACAAUUAUUGACUCAAUAGAGAAUCACUGUAAUAGUAGAAUACUAAAUGAACAACGAAAUGGAAACGCCGAAGCCAGUGUGCCUGUAGAGGCCACUGGAAUACUACCGAGCCCCAAUUACAUAGUACGCACAGGCAGUCGGCAGAAAAUAUCUGCCAACAUUCCAAGUCACGAGCAACUAAUGGCCGUCAAACGAAAGAAAAAGCUUUUAGCCACAGGAACAGAGCAUUUCAAUUCAAAGCCGAAAAAGGGAAUUCAAUUCCUACAGGAUCAAAACUUGCUAUCAACGCCUCUGGAUCCAGUUGAAGUUGUGACUUACUUGAAGGAGAAUCCCUACCUUGACAAGAAAAUGAUUGGCGAGUACAUCAGCAACCGGACCAACUUGAAUGUUCUCGACUGUUUUGUCAAGUCGUUCGACUUCACGGAGACUAGAAUUGAUGAAGCUCUGAGACAGUUUCUAGAAACUUUUCGUCUGCCGGGUGAAUCGCCACUCAUAUCCCACAUCAUGGAGUGUUUCGCUGACCAUUGGCAUAAAUGUAACAAUGAGCCAUUUGUGAAUGCUGACGCAGCUUUCACUCUGGCCUAUGCAGUCAUCAUGCUGAACGUUGAUCAGCACAACUACAACGCUAAGAAGCAGAAGACUCCGAUGACAGCCGACGAUUUCAAGAGAAAUUUGAAAAAAGUUAAUGGCGACCAAGAUUUUGAUCAAGAUAUGUUGGAUGAUAUCUACACUGCCAUCAAAGCGGACGAGAUCGUAAUGCCAGCCGAGCAGACUGGUCUAGUGCGUGAUAACUACCUCUGGAAGGUGCUGCUUCGGCGCGGCCAGGGCUUGGACGGAGUAUACGUGCAUGCGCCGAACGGCCUGUUCGACCACGACCUGUUCUCGCUGAUCUGGGGGCCAACCGUCGCCGCACUUUGCUAUCUCUUCGACAAGAGCAGCGACCCCGCCAUCUACCACAAGGCCAUCUCCGGGUUCAGGAAGUGCGCUAUGAUAUCUGCACAUUAUGGAAUGAGCAAUGUGUUCGACCACAUCGUCGCCUCACUGUGCAAGUUUACCAUGCUUCUCAAUUCAACAGAGACGCCUGAUAACUUGACAAUAUCAUUCGGUCAGAAUCCGAAGUGUCGACUGGCAGCUGUCACUGUGUUCAACCUGACUCACCGCCAUGGCGACACAAUCAGAGAAGGCUGGAGGAAUGUGUUGGACUGCAUUCUGCAACUCUAUAAAUGCAAACUGCUACCUAAGAUUCUAGUCGAGGCCGAAGAUUUCACUGAGACAAGCGGAAAGAUCUCCCUACUAAGAGAAGAAAUUCAGUUGACUCAAAAGACAGAAACUGGACUGUUUAGCUCGAUCUAUUCAUAUAUUUCUAUGGGUGCCGAAUCAAAUCAAAAAGCACCUUCUCCAGAAGACCAGGAGUACAUUCGGCUUGCUCAAGCGUGUAUAAGUGAAUGUCAUUUGGAGCAACUGACAACAGAGUCAAAAUUCCUACGACUCGAUUCAUUGCAUCAAUUAAUCAAGGCAUUGAUCCGUGCUUCUUAUGGACCAGAAGGACAUGUAUUUCUUGGCUCUGCCACUGAUGAGAAUACAGCAGUAUUUUUCCUCGAGCUCCUGCUCAAAGUUGUCAUCCAAAACAGUGAUUUUGAUUGCAGGGACCGUGUGCAGAACGUUUGGCAGAAUGUUCGUGAUCACAUUUACACUCUACUGAUGGGCUCUGCAGCAUCCAACCAUCACUUCCUGGUUGAGCGGUCAGUUGUUGGCCUUCUCAGGUUGGGAAUCCGACUUAUGAGGAGAGAAGAUAUGAGUUUUGUGGUGCUGCAGUCACUGCGUAUGCUGCUGCUAUUGAAGAGCAGCACACUGGCCUGGGUGUCACGACAAGUGGCCUACGGGCUGUUCGAGCUGCUGAAGACGAGUGCGGCCAACAUCCACUCGGCCACUGACUGGGCCAUCAUAUUCACCCUCCUCGAGUGUGUGGGUGCCGGCGCCCCGCCGCCCCGCGUUGUCGGCAAGCACCAGGUCAACGCAAAUGCCACCACCACACAUCAAACAGGGGCAAAGUCGGACGGUGACAUUGGCGCAAAUCAGAGUGCAGAGGAGGAUAGCGGUCUGGGCAACGAGCGCAACUGCACGUCUGACUCGGAGGUGACUCGGUCGAGUGCUCAACCCACACGCACUACCAGUCCUGAGUUGUCGCCAAACUCGGGCGGCGGGUGGAUUCUGGUUGGCCGCGAAGGCGAGAUCCAGCCGAUGCCGGUGAGGACUUCACUGAGCAGCCAGCUGAACAUGCUGAGUGAGCGCGAGCUAACCGCUCACGACCCCUUCUCACUGGUCAAGUGCUGCGAGAGCCUCGCCUUCCUCGUGCGAGACGUGGCGCACAUCACGCCCUACAACUUCGAGAACUGUGUUCGCUGCAUUCGCACCUUUGUCGAGGCCAGUCUCGAGUCGACUGAGAAGAGAGGUGGCGGUAAGAGAUCGUCUGGAAAAGAAAAUGGAGGACCUUUGAAGGGGAAGAAGAAGAUGAGCAAUUCGAGAAGGAGAGGCGACCAGCCAAGAGCCAACAGCCCGACUAACAGUGCCUACGAUGCUGACGAGAGUGACUCAGAAGAGAUGCCCAGCGGCUAUCACCAAGUCUCAAUACAGCUGUUGGACCUGAUGCACACAUUGCACACUAGGACGGCGCAGAUCUACAGGUGGUGGGCGGAAGAGAAUGCCGAAACUGAACUGGCGUCCCUGUGGACUCAGGGUUGGUGUCCGCUGCUGCAGGGCAUUGCACGGCUGUGCUGCGACUCCAGGCGACAGGUUCGUAUGAGUGCUAUAACAUACUUGCAAAGAGCUCUGCUGGUGCACGAUCUGCAAACUCUAACUGGAGAUGAAUGGGAAUCAUGCUUCAGUAUGGUCUUGUUCCCAUUACUAAGUAAGCUGUUGGAGCCCAUCAGUCCCCAGGACCCUACUGGUCUGGAAGAAACGCGGAUGAGAGCUGCCACUGUCUUAUCAAAAGUAUUUUUACACCACUUGACGCCCCUGCAAACUCUACCAACGUUCACUGCUCUUUGGCUGACUAUUUUGGAUUUUAUGGACAAGUAUAUGCAUGCAGACAGAAGUGAUCUUCUGUACGAAGCAAUUCCUGAAUCACUCAAAAAUAUGCUGCUUGUGAUGGAUUCGGCCAAGGUGUUCUCAGUGAAUGGCUGCGAAUUCUCUCCUUUGUGGACUGUCACAUGGGAUCGAAUAAAUACAUUCCUCCCUCAUCUCAAAGAUGAAUUAUUCAAAACACAAGCCCCAUCAGUGGAUGUUGCAUCAUCAAAACCGGUGCUUCAAGCUCAAAAUGAAGGCGCAGAAGUGUUGAACACAAGCAAUUCCAACAGUGAGGUACAGCAGCCACCACAUAGCAAUCCAGCUUAUGCUCGGCCUUCACUUGUUGCCACAAGUCCAGUACCAGUGACCGAUACAUCAAAAGUGAUUCAGCAACAACAACUACAAGCACAGCAUCUACAACAGCAACAACAAACAGAGCAUUUGCAACAACUACAACAUCAGCAGCAGCAACAACAACAACAUCAACAACAAGCACAACAUCAUCAUCAGCAGCAGCAACAACAACUUCAUCAACAUCAGCAAAAUUUCCAACAGCAUGUUUCCAAUGUGCCCGCGCCAUUCCAACAACAGGAGUCAAGUGUAGACGUUUCAUCAUUCCAGCAACAACAGCAGCAGCAACAACAGCUACAACAGCAGCAACAACAGCUACAACAACAGCAACCCUAUCACCAUGCCCCACAACCGUUGCAACCACCCGCAGGCUACGGUCACAAUUGGCGUGGCUCGACUCCUCUAUUCCCCCACAUGGGUCAGCUGGUGUCGACACCAAUAGGCCCCCCACCUUCAGCUCCCCCAGCAGCUGCCAACUUGGAGCAGUCACAAGCCACCCCCACUCCACUUCCGGUCUAUUCUGGCUUUGCCCACGUGUCUGAUCCUCCCUCAAAGAUCAUCUCCUCAGCUCAGUUCUUCUACCAAGACUUGCCGCAAUUGAUGCCUGUCCCUCAGAACACAAUCAUGCAGCCUGCCGUGACAAAUGCAGGUUCAGCGUCAUCACUGUUGAACGUGGGAGAUGCAGUGUUGCCUUCAUUGCCGCAGUUGGCACCACCUAGUGAUCCCUAACUUCUACCACAGUUUGUCAAUUAUUUAUAUUAGCAAUUAUUAUGAAUUGAAUAUUAUUAAUCUUCCAUAUUCCAAGUCAGGCUAAGAUGUGAAUUAACUUGCUAGUCAUUGUAGGCUACUUGAUAGAGGAUUUUAAACUAUUCAAUUUAGUUGAAGUAUAGUUGAUCACAAAAUUCUAAACAACCUUCUAAUUGUUAAAAUUCAGAUUGAAGAUUAUUCUUAUAUCAAGUGAACGUGGCUGAAUAUUGCUGAGAAUACAGAAAAUAAUGAUUAAUUUAUUGUUUAUUCUACAACUUUAAUGGGAAUAAUCAAUCAUUUUCUCGGAUUUAUAAGAGUUAUAAGAUUUUCAUUGAUCUUGCUAGGCUCAAAAAUGAUAAUGAUCAAUGUAACACUUCUUUAUAAUUCAAUCGCAUAAUUCAGUACGCAUUUUGUAACCUACAUAGGCUAUGUCAGCUCCUGACAAUACCAUCAUAAUCUUGCAGUUCACUAUUACUUAUAUUUUUUCAACAAAAGAAAAUAAUCCAAUCAAGAGUGUAAUGCUCAUUGUAAGACUUGUAAUGAAUGUUCAAGAAUCCAAAAUUAUUUUUAUCAUCAUUCUCUCUCACCUGACUUAUCAUCUUAGGAUGACACAAUAUACAUGCUACAGUACUGUUUUAAAUUGAAUAUCCUGUAAAGAAAAUGUUAUAUAUUGUUUCAAUGUAAUUUUUAUUUUGUUAUCUUUAUUCAAAUUCCAUCUAGAUAUUCCUAGUGUAAAUUGUUUAUAUAAAUUUUAUCUGAUUGUUAUUCUACCAUAUUUCUGUAAAAUAUGUGGUAAAAGGUGUGAAUGCUGUAAUCUAUCAUUCAUUAAGUUAUUAUUAUAAAGAUGUUCUAUUGUAUCAAGUUGUGUAUUGUGUAAUGUAAAAAUAAACAAAAUUUAUUCUAUGGAAUAUA